GUGCGCGCGCCCGAUCCCCGCCUAAUGCGACGCGCUGAACGAAAGAGAAAGUGAAAGUCUUAAAUCGCUUUAUCACCCUCGACGAACUUCUCCGCGCGUCUGAGCUGCUAAACUCCGCCACGCGUGUUCGUUAAGGAUGUCUCGAGGCUCGAACGCGGGGUUUGAUCGACACAUCACUAUAUUCUCACCGGAGGGCCGUCUGUAUCAAGUCGAAUAUGCCUUCAAAGCCAUCGGUCAGAGCGGGCUGACCACAGUGGGCAUCAGAGGGACGGACUGCGCCGUGCUGCUCACACAGAAGAAAGUGUCGGUAAAACACACACCUGAGAUCUUUAGUGUGGUUUCAGUCUGUGAGAGCAGCUCAGAGCACAAACACAGAAGCAGAUUGAACAUGUGUAACAAUAUAAUGGAGAGAAAAGUCAAACAAGUGCAAGUAAUACACAUUUAGACUCGA